UCCGAGACCAAGGCCAAGCUGCAUAAGUAUUACCCGAACUCUGCACCGUCGAUUGGAACGAUUCAUAAGUGGUUUACCGAGUUUCGUUGUGGCCGUACGGGCACAGUUCAUGCUGAACGAUCUGGGCGCCCAAAAGAGGUCACUACACCAGAAAAUGUCGAAAAAAUCCAUGAUAUGAUGUUGAAUGAUCCCAAAGUGAAAUUGAGAGAGGUAGCUAAUGCUGUAGGCAUAUCAUUGGAACGUGUGGGCAAUAUCGUGCAUUCAGUAUUGGGCAUGGAGAAGCUCUGCGCGCGAUGGGUGCCGCGUUUGCUCACAGUGGACCAAAAACGAAUUCGUGUGACAACUUCCCAGCAGAAUUUGGCAUUAUUUUCGCGUAAGCCGCCUGAGUUUUUGCGUCGAUUCAUAACCAUGGAUGAAACCUGGAUCCACUACUACACUCCUGAGUCAACGCAACAGGCAAAACAA